UUCAAUUUUCGAACUUCGAACACGAAAUUACAAAGGUUUUCAAGGUUUCUUCACGAAAAGAUUUAGAAAUGUUUAAGAAAACUUGUUGCUGUAUAUGUUUAUCAACAAAUAAAAGAACCGUUAACAUUUAUAGAACGGAUCUGCUUUACUUUUAUGAGCAACUGGCAAAUUAUAAGGUAGGUUAGGGACAGAGAGUGCUGGAUGUGUUACAUCUGCCAGACGAGACUGCAGCAGUGUCACCGGCUGCAGCAGUUGGCCGUACAGACACGGGGCCUUGUUGAUGGUCUCUGCCGGAACAAGGCUGAUACAGACAUUGGAGCAAUUGGAUCUUUGCUAGAACUAUCAAUCUAUAAGAAGAAAAAUAUUUCCACAACACAUCCUACCGCAGAUAAUAUAAAAGAGGAGCCGGACAUAAAGACUGAACAAUACAAUGAAGACGAAAAAAUAAUUGAAGAACAAACUGAAGAAAAAACAAAUACGUAUGAAGAAGAUUAUGCACCCGUGUUAGAAUUUGAAGAUGAUGUGUCAGAUAGUGAUGCUGUUUGCAAAGAGGAAUCAUUGAGCGUUGACCGCAUUGAUGCUUGGCUAGGCUCAAGGGUGCUUGAAUUGAAAUUAGUAAAGUUGAGUCAAAGUGUCAUUGACAAAUAUGUACGCCAAAGUCCCCCCACCCAGCACACAGCCACAGAAAAACAUGUUGGGAACAAGGGGAAGUGCGCUGGUGAACAGAGCGUAGAUAAUGACGACAAAAAGGCACAGUACAAGAGUCACAAGGAACAACUCAUCUGUGAUGUUUGCUUAAAAAUGUUUCCGACUAGAAGCAGUUUGCUAAGGCACAUCCGGACACAUACAGCUGGUGAGAAACCUUUUAACUGCAAUAUUUGUCACAAGAAAUUUGGAAGAAAAAGCCACUUACAGGAACACUUACUAAUUCAUACUGAUGAGAAAGUAUAUAACUGUGACAUAUGUCAAAAGAAAUUCUUAAGAAGAUGGGAGUUAAAACAACACUUAUUAAUUCAUACUGGUGAGAAAAGAUAUAACUGUGACAUAUGUCAAAAGAAAUUCUUAAGAAGGGGGGACUUAAAUAAACACUUAUUAAUUCAUACUGGUGAGAAAGGAUAUAACUGUGACAUAUGUCAAAAGAAAUUCUUAAGAAGGGGGGACUUAAAUAAACACUUAUUAAUUCAUACUGGUGAAAAACCAUAUAACUGUGACAUAUGUCAAAAGAAAUUCUUACGAAGAUGGGAGUUAAAACAACACUUAUUAAUUCAUACUGGUGAGAAAGUAUAUAACUGUGACAUAUGUCACAAGAAAUUCUUACGAAGAUCGGACUUAAAAAAUCACUUAUUAAUUCAUACUGGUGCGAAACCAUACAACUGUGACAUAUGUCAUAAGAAACUCUUACGAAGAUGGGAGUUAAAACAACACUUAUUAAUUCAUACUGGUGAGAAACCAUAUAACUGUGACAUAUGUCAAAAGAAAUUCUUAAGAAGAGGGCACUUAAAAGAACACUUAUUAAUUCAUACUGGAGAGAAACCAUUUAACUGCAAUAUUUGUCAAAAGAAAUUUGGAAGAAAAAGCCACUUACAAGGACACUUACUAAUUCAUACUGGUGAGAGACCAUAUAACUGUGACAUAUGUCACAAGAAAUUCUUAGGAAGAUCGGACUUAAAACAACACUUAUUAAUUCAUACUGGUGAGAAAGGAUAUAACUGUGACAUUUGUCAAAAGAAAUUUUUAAGAAGAGGGGACUUAAAAAAACACUUAUUAAUUCAUACUGGUGAGAAACCAUAUAACUGCAAUAUAUAAUUACGUCAAAAGAAGUUCACAGCAUGCAGCUACUUAAAAAUACAUUCAAUAAUUCAUACUGGUGAGAAGCCAUAAUAAUCUGGGGGC